AUGAAAGGCAUUGUAUGGACUGAAACAAUCACCAUGUACAUGGUUUGGGCGGUCCACCAAGGCAAUGAAGAACGAUGGUUUAACUCAAAUCAUACUCUGUUCUUGAAACAUCAUAAAGGGAAUGUAACAGCUUUAAUAAUCUAUAUUGACGAUAUGAUUAUUACUAGAAAUGAUAAACAUGAAAUAUCUCAUAUACAAGACAAUUUGGCUACUGAAUUUGAUAUGAAGAAUCUAGGUGGACUCAAAUAUUUCUUGGGAAUUAAGGUGGCCCAAUCACAACAAAGCCUAGUUCUCUGUCAAAGGAAAUAUGCAUUGGACUUGUUGACAGACACAGGAAUACUAGAUUGUAAACCUGUAGACGCUCCUAUUGUUCAGAAUCAUCAUCUUUUCGAAUACCUGGAUCAAGUUCCAACUAACAAAGAAAGAUACCAAAGGUUAGUUGGAGGAUUGAUCUACUUGUCUCAUACUCGACCAGACAUUGCUUAUGUGGUGAAGGUUGUCAGUCAAUUUAUGCAUUCUCCGAAUGCAGAUUGGGCAAGCAGUGUAAUAGAUAAAAGGUCCACAUCCGGUUACUUCACAUUCGUGGGAGGAAAUUUGGUGACAUGGAAGAGCAAGAAACAUAAGGUAGUAGCUUUAUCUAGAGCAGAACCCGAGGUCAAAGGCAUGACUAAAGGAAUUUGUGAGCUCUUUUGA